CUAGAGCUUAGAGUAGCAGUAAUUUCAUUUUAAGAACUACUCCGAAUAGUGUUUACUGUAACGACGAAUAGUGUUUACUGUAUACGAAUUUAACCCAAUCUCCUCGGUAACCUCGCGCUUCGUCUUUUUCUUCCUCUCUGUCUCAGAUGCCGAGGCAAAAAGAACCAAGUAGAGUUGGGCACUUUAUACAUCCUUUCUAAGAUACUCCAUUUGGGGUAUACCAGGCAACGGUUCUUUCCUUGUAGCUCACUGUCAUUCACUCUCCGCUUCUGUAAUUCUCCUUUUCUUCUUUGGAUUGGGUUUGCAUAACUGUGCAACAUUUUGUGUAUUCGUUUGUUUCAGCGUGUAUUCAUCUACAUUGCACGCUUGUGUGUGUUAUUGCAAUGCGUAAUUUGUUUGCACUUCGAGUUUAUGUACUAUGAAUCGGCGAAUUGUUCUUUGUUCUUGCGUUGUUUUGUAUCUACAUUGUUCUUAACUUCUUGGCCAUCUUUGUUUUCUGGGUUAUGAGCUCUGUGAUCGGCAGUUUACUUCUGAGGUUAAUAAGAACUAAAGGGAACAACAUAUGGAUCCUCACACAGGGAGAAAUACUAAGAUUCACAUUACCAGUUCUAUCCGGGGUUCCUUGGAUAUCAUGAAAAGCAGACCAAAUGAUGUUGAGGGUACUUCCCCUGUGGCUUGUGAGACUACUCUUCAAAAUCCCAUAAACAUUAAUUCUGGAGGAGAACAAGUUGAUACUUGUACAGAGGAUGAUGAGCACGAAAAUGUUCAAAACCAGUUGGUGCUGUACGAUCCUUAUGUAAAUGGAGAACCUGUUACUGAUCAACCACUUCCUCCAACUUUACGAAAGGUGUUAUUUCCUAAUCACUCAUCCUAUGCACAAAGGGUUUUGCCAUCGGUAGGAGCUUUCACUGUUCAAUGCGCAAACUGUUUUAAAUGGAGGCUUAUCCCAACCAAGGAAAAAUAUGAGGAGAUAAGGGAACACAUACUGGAAGAUCCUUUCUUUUGUGAAACAGCCCGUGAGUGGAGGCCUGAUAUAUCAUGUGAUGAUCCGCCUGAUCUUACUCAGGAUGACAGUAGGCUUUGGGCGAUUGAUAAACCAAAUAUUUCACAGCCUCCUCCUGGCUGGGAACGGCUUUUGAGAAUUAGGGGUGAAGGUGGCUACAAGUUUGCGGAUGUGUAUUACGUUGCGCCAUCAGGAAAGAGAUUACGUUCCAUGGUCGAAAUUCAAAGGUACUUGGAUGAACACCCAGUGUACGUAGCUGAGGGUGUUAAAAUGUCUCAGUUUUCAUUUCUGAUUCCAAAACCCCUUCAGAAAGACUAUUUGAAAAAACGUACGCAUCACUCAACACCUUCAAUAGAGGACACCACUCCUCAAAUAGCAGGACUACUCGAGUCUUCUGAAGUUAAACCAAUCACAUGGGUGGGUUCAGAUGAGGAGGAUACAGAUUUGCGGCUGGGUGGACCGCUGCUCUCUAAUGCCCCUGACAUCUCUGAACCGUUGGGUUUAUCAUCAUCAUCAAUGAAGAAGAAGAAGAAUAAAAGGAAAAUGCCUUCUGAAUUCACGCCCGUUGGUUUUGACUAUUAGUAAUUUGAUCACAAGAGUUUCCGCUUCUGGGGCAGUGGCACCUCAAGACUUCUUGAAAUGAAAUCCCCUUUUUGUUUUGCUUCCUCGGGAUUCAAUAUGCUAUUGAACAUCUUGGUACCGUGUGUGACUGAUUGAUCCUUUCAUUGUGUUUUUUGGAGUGGGAAGGUGGAAAAAAUGUCGUCAUUGUACGUUGCAGUAGGUUGAAUUAGGGGGUAUCUAGUAGACAUGUAGUAUUAGAUAAUUAGAAGGAUGAAGCUCCCAUCUAUGUGAAGAUAUGUACAAAUCAAUCAUCAUCAUUACCUUAACUUCUUGAUGUGCAAAAAGAAUAGUAAGUUUGUAUUUUUUCUUCUCAAUUCGGGUUAGAUGCCUACCCUUUUUAUUACAAGCUCUUAGCUGAAAAAAUGUUGUCAUCUCUGUUUCGUAUUGUUUACUCUUUCCUUCAAGAUACCUACCGAACAUAGCUUUGAUAAUGUGUUUAUUUGAUACGGG